CGAUUCCGUUGCAGGCAGCAGGCUCCUGCUCAUUGUGUCCUGAUUGUUAUGUGGCGGCUAUGCUCUGUCGCCGCGAUGGAGGCGCCUCGAAAGGCAGCCCCGCGGUGAUCAUCAGCGUCCAGAGCCAAGAGACAGAGCGGCUGUCAGGUCUGGAGGAAGGGCGGAAGGGACACCGAGCAAGGUUGAAUUGUGGUCCGUUUUAGAGGACAUGGAUCCCCAUGCCCUUAACUUCGCAACACGCGUACUGAGAUUUGAACCCACACAGAGAAAGGACCGGCAGGAUGGUCUUGUGGUGGAACUGAGGGAUCCGAACAUGACUGCAUAUGGAGAAGGGUGUGCGGAUGCUUCUAGCUUGAGGACCCCCACAGUUGCGAAGUUCCUCACCCACCUUUUCAGUGCUUGGUGGUCCUCAGAGAGCUCACCAGAGGAGAAGGGAUGGCUGUCAGCCACCUCCCGGCCCUGGUCCAGGACUUGGUUACCUUCAAGGAUGUGGCUGUGCUCUUCACCCAGGAGGAAUGGGGCUGGCUGAGCUCUGCCCAGAGGGCCCUGUACCGGGACGUGAUGCUGGAAAACUACAGCAACUUGGUCUCGCUGGGACUCUCGGGAUGCAAACCAGAUGUGUUUUGUCACCUGGAGAAAGCAGACAAAUGCGUGACAGAGGAUGCUCAAGAAGGCUUUGUUCCUGGGGGAAUAACAAUGACCACAAGUAAGAAAUUUCUCAGGGCAGAUACCCCUAAAGAAGAAUCGGAUCCAUGGAUAAUGGAGGAGAGAGUCAGCAGAGGGACUCACUGGGAAUGUGCUAACCUGCUAGACUGGAAAUUCCAGGAUGGUCAAGAGGUCAGGUUGCAGCAAGUGGUCCUCACCCAGCAGGACACUCCAUCAAAGCUUUGUGGGCAGAAAGUCCCAGCAUCUGAGAAGGGCUGCACAGGGAACUCGCUACCCGUCCGAAGUCAGAGAUCUCAAGCAAACAAAAAAGUGUUUGAAUGCAGUGAGUGUGGAAAAGCCUUCUCUCAGAGUUCCACCUUUAAGACACACCAGAAAAUUCACACUGAAAAACUCAGCACCAGUCAGGAAACGCCUAUUAAAGAAAAACGCUACGAAUGUAGAGAAUGUGGGAAAGCCUUUCACCAGAGCACACACCUCAUCCACCACCAGAGAAUUCACACUGGUGAGAAACCCUAUGAGUGUAAGGACUGUGGCAAGGCCUUCUCAGUGAGCUCUUCGCUUACCUACCACCAGAAAAUCCAUACUGGAGAGAAGCCUUUUGAAUGCGGCGUUUGCGGGAAAGCCUUUAUCCGGAACAUACACCUUUCCCACCACCAGAGAAUACAUACGGGAGAGAAACCUUUCCAGUGUGACAUUUGUGACAAAGCCUUUGUUUGCAGAGCGCAUCUCACCAAACACCAGAACAUCCACAGUGGGGACAAACCCUAUAAAUGUAAUGAGUGCGGGAAAGCCUUCAAUCAGAGCACAAGUUUUCUUCAGCACCAGAGAAUACACACCGGAGAGAAACCCUUUGAAUGCAAUCAGUGUGGUAAGGCCUACGAAUGUGGAAAAGCCUUCAGGGUGAACUCUUCCCUCACGGAACACCAGAGAAUUCACACAGGGGAGAAACCAUAUAGGUGUAGCGAGUGUGGCAAAGCGUUCAGGGAUAACUCGUCCUUUGCGCAGCAUCGGAAAAUUCACACCGGAGAGAAACCUCACCGGUGUGGCGUGUGUGGGAAAGCCUUCAGGGACCAGUCAGCCCUCGUGCAGCAUCAGCGGAUUCACACAGGGGAAAAGCCUUACGCGUGUCACAUCUGCGAGAAAGCCUUCAGUGACCACUCAGCCCUUACCCAGCAUAAGAGGAUCCAUACACGAGAAAAGCCGUACACGUGUAAAACCUGCGGGAAAGCGUUUAUUCGAAGCACACACCUCACCCAGCACCAGAGGAUCCACACGGGAGAGAAACCCUAUAAAUGUAGCAAGUGUGGGAAAGCCUUCAACCAGACUGCGAACCUCAUCCAGCAUCAGAGGCAUCAUCUUGGAGAAAAAUGAUAAGAAUGUAGUUCGUGCUAUAAGUGUAACGUCUGUGGCAAAGGCUUUCUCCACAGUUCUUCCCGGAGCAAACACCAGCGGAUCCAUACCGGAGAGAAGCUCUACAAAUGUAAGGAAUGCCAGAAGGCUUUCAGCCAAAGCUCGUCCCUGACACUGCACCUGAGGGUCCAUACUGGAGAAAGACCGUACGUGUGCAGCGAGUGUGGAAAGGCUUUCAGAUUCACCACCUCGCUCAUCGGGCAUCAGAGAAUGCAUACUGGAGAGAGACCCUAUCAAUGUAAGGAAUGUGGCAAAACCUUCAAAGUCAGCUCAUCCCUUAAUAAUCACCAGCGGAUCCACACCGGAGAAAAGCCUUAUAAGUGUAACGAGUGCGGGAGAGCCUUUAGUCAAUGCUCGUCUCUUAUUCAGCACCAUAGAAUUCACACGGGGGAGAAACCAUAUGAAUGUACCCAGUGUGGGAAAGCCUUUACAUCAGUAUCGCGGCUCAGCAGACACCGCCGUAUUCACACUGGAGAGAAGCCCUUUCGUUGUAGUAUGUGUGGCAAAGUGUUCAGUUACCACUCAGCCCUGAUUAUACAUCAGAGAAUUCACACUGGAGAGAAGCCAUAUGCAUGCAAGGAAUGUGGGAAGACCUUCAGCCAAAGCUCAGCACUUAUCCAACAUCAAAGAAUCCACACCGGAGAAAAGCCGUACAAGUGUGAUAAGUGUGGGAAGGCCUUCUCUUGGCUUUCACGCCUCAAUGUGCAUUACAGAAUCCAUACGGGCGAAAAGCCUUUUCAGUGUAAGGAAUGUGGGAAAGCUUUCAGUUGCCACUCCGCUGUCAAUACUCACCGCAAAGUCCAUACUGGUGAGAAACCUUACAAGUGCACUGACUGUGGGAAAGCCUUCAACCAAAGCUCGGCUCUAAUUCAGCACCAGAGAAUUCAUACUGGAGAGAAACCAUUUAGCUGUAAAGUGUGCGGGAAAGCCUUCAGACAGAGUUCCUCACUUUUGACACAUAUGAGAACACACACCGGAGAGAAGCCUUAUAAAUGCAAAACAUGCGGGAAAGCCUUCAGCCAGAGUUCAUCUCUUGCCAACCAUCAGAAGACUCAUUCCUGAGACGAACCAUCUAAAAGCUUCCAGGUUUACCCAGGACAAAAACCUUAUGCCUGCAAUGAAUGUGGGAAGAGGUUUACCCAAAGUCUUCAUCUUCUUGAGCAUAAGAGGCUUCACACUGGGGAGAAACCUUACAAGUGUAGUGAGUGUGGGAAAAACUUCAGCCACAGAUCUUCCCUCCUGGCUCACCAACGAACCCACACUGGAGAGAAGCCAUACAAGUGUAGUGAGUGUGAGAAAGCAUUCGGCAGCAGUUCCACACUCAUUAAACACUUGAGGGUGCACACCGGAGAGAAACCUUACCGUUGCCGGGAAUGUGGGAAGGCCUUCAGCCAGUGUUCAACCCUCACUGUGCACCAGAGGAUUCACACCGGGGAGAAGCUCUACAAAUGUGCCGAGUGUGACAAGGCCUUUAAUUGCAGAGCAAAGCUUCACAGACAUCAGAGAAUCCACACAGGGGAGAAACCCUAUAAAUGUGCUGAGUGCGGGAAAGGCUACAGUCAAACCUUUACACGUGUCUCCACCCUUAUUGAACAUCAGAGAAUUCAUACUGGACAGAAACCAUAUCAGUGCAAUGAAUGUGGGAAGACCUUCAACCAGUAUUCUUCCUUCAAUGAGCAUCGCAAGAUCCAUACUGGGGAGAAGCUGUACACAUGCGAAGAAUGUGGGAAAGCCUUUGGCUGUAAAUCCAACCUUUAUCGACAUCAGAGGAUCCAUACUGGAGAGAAGCCCUAUCAGUGUAAUCAGUGUGGAAAGGCCUUCAGCCAGUAUUCGUUCCUCACUGAACACGAGCGGAUCCAUACUGGAGAGAAGCUCUACAAGUGUAUGGAAUGUGGGAAAGCCUAUAGCUAUAGGUCAAACCUCUGUAGACACAAAAAAGUCCACCUGAAGGAAAGGCUCUACAAAUGGAAGGAAUACGGGACACCUUUCAUCUAUGGCUCAUCCCUCACUCCAUAUCAGAAAUUUCUGAGAGGAGACAAGCCUGAGAACUUUAAUUCAUCCCUCUAAUUCAAGACAGCAACCAGAAGAGUAGUAACUAGAGUACAAAUCAAAAUGGAUUUCAUCUUUUUUACUUCUACAACAAAUAGUUACUUCUAAGUCAUGGACAGUUGAACAGUAAAAAUACAAAGGAUGCUGAUGUCAACCAUUUAAGAACUACUACAAAAAGAUUUUUUAAAUCUGUCAUUUUUUUAAAUUCAUACAAGAAGUUUGAAAGGCCUCAUUUAAAAAACAAGACACAUGAGUAAGUUGCUUUAUAUAUAAGCAUUGUUCAUGAGAUAGUCAUCUCUUUUUAAGAACUUCCAUGUAUGAAUUUUCUUUUCAAGAUAGUCUCUGAAAUAGUUGGUAAUGUGAAGAAUUACGGGGCCUCAGUCCCUGAAGUGGUGAGCUGGGAUAGGGAGACCUCCUUUUCAUAAAGAACCACUACGGAAGAAAAGAAUAAUUGUUGUGUAUCAACAAGGAAGCUUUUAUGAAGUGCCCCUUAUACGACAUAUGUGUAUAUGUGUAUGUAUGCAUAUAUACUCAUAUAUACACGCACACAUGACUUUUAUGUAUAUAUGGUCAUGUCACUUAACUGGGGAUUCAGUUUGAAAGUGCUUCAUAGGCAGUUUCAUGUUUAUAGGAACAUCAUUGCACUCGCACAACCCUAGAUGGUCUGGGUCAGCCAAUCAAUGUACUCUCUUAAGGUGAUAAACAUACCAUACUUUUAAAAGAUUUUUUUUGAGAUUAUAAUUUAAUUACAACGUUUCUCCUUUCCCUUUCUCCCUCCAAACCCCCUUAAUUCCUCCCUAUUCUCCUUCAAAUUUAUGGCCUUUUGCUUUACUAAUUGUUAUGCAUGCCUGUAUCCAUACUUUUUAUAGUAAUUUUCUAUUGGUUUGCUUGUUUAUUUUAGAUAGGGUCUCACUAUGUAGCCUAGGAUGGCCUUGAGCUCAUUAUGUAGCCCAGAUGGGCUUUGAAUUUGCAGUUUUACUGCCUCACCCUCCCACAUCCUGGGAUUACAGUUAUGAGCCAUCAUGCUUAGUGUAAAUGUUGUUAGUAGGAUGUGUAUAAAAGUAUAGUAUAGCAAAUGAGUAAACUAGUAAUGCAGUUUGUCACCUUGAUCAUGUGUCAUGAACUGUACAUAGUUGUAUGUGCUGCAAUGUUAUCUGGCUGCCAGCACAGCGGGUUUGUUUGCACAAGUGAGUAUUGCAUUGUGCCUAAGGUGUUAUAAUGGUUAUAAGGUCAUGGCAGCUCUGAUGUCAUUAGGCAAGUGGGAAUUUUCCAGGCCAGUUAUAGUCUGAUGAGACCACUGUGAUAUAUGUUGUCUAUCAUUGACCAAAGCAUCAUCAGAGGCAAAUGGCCACAUGUAUAUACUCACAUAUGCAUGUGUUCAUGUGUAUGCUAAUGUAUAUACAUAUACACGCAAAGAGUUUAGGAAUUUUUUUUCUCCGUAGUCCAUAAUGAUUAAAAAUAGUCAAUUUACUAAUUUAGAAUUUUACUUUUUCAAAUUAAAUGUUUCUCCCAAGGGGAACUUUCUUUUGCUCUCCUGUAUUUGUAGUGGAUCUGGUUCUGUAUAGCUGAACAGAGGCUUAGUACUGUAGAAGUUGGCCUGAGCAGACACAGGCAGGAAGACUGUCAUCCAAACAGUAUGUUAUGUGUUGUAGAGGCCAAUGUUGACAGAGUUUCUUGCUAUGAAUCUGUUAGCACUUUAGGACCAGGAGGGAUUUUAAUUUAUAGCCUUUCAAGAACCGAGGUCUUCAGCUCUGAUAAUCUAUGAUAGUUACAGGUUCAUUUCUAUCCUCAAGGCUCAAGAAGACUGUUUUGUAACCUGUUCAAAUGUUAUUGCUAGUGAUGUAAUCAUUUAUCUUUAGAGUUUCCUCUAGCUUUGGUCUUAGUAGUGGAGUCGAGAACAUACACCUCCUUUUCUUCUGUCUCUGAUUAUACCUGCUUCUAUAAUAACUACUUAAAUUCUGAAAGCAAAUGAAGGUCCAGAUGGAGGUAUUGCUUUGGUAUGCUUCUAUGUAAGGCUGUCUUUUUAUUAUACAGCUUCUAAUACUUUUUUCUUUGUAGUGCUGAUGACUGAAUCCAGGGCCUUAUACAUACUCAGAAGGUGCUCUACCACUGAGCUAUAUCUCCAGCCCUUAGGAUUUAAGUAUAAAGUUAUAGAUGAAUAUUUUAUGUUAAACUAUCUACUCAUCACUUUUAAUAUUUUAUAUCUCCCCUAGUCCUAGUUCCUUACUGCACUGGUUUGUCAUUUUAGAAAUUGCCUAAGAGCAUUAAUUAGACCCUCUGUCUGAGGAAAGGAUUAGAACGAAGCAGGCAUUCAGCACAUGUUUCUUGAUUGACUUCUUUUGGCUCGUCAGAGUAGUUUUAUGUCUUUAAGUGUGUUUGUAAGAAAAAUAAGGCUCCAGAUGAACCUUGGAAUUUCUUCCGUCCCUAGUGGCCACGAGCAUGCUCAGUGCCCACUUUUUGUUUUGCAAAUGCCAUUCACCAUCAAAAGGAUUCAAGACUCCUUGAAGAAAUGGCUGGUUGCAUGUUUGGCUCAGGGGGAAUAUAAAUGCACCUACAGUAUAUCCUUAUGAUAAAGCAUCAUUUUAGAAUUACUGACUUGAAGAUGCAUCCUUUGGUCAAACUUAGGAUGCUUCAUAUAUCAAAAAAAAAAAAAACAACCAACCAAACAGAAUUGGAUGUAAUAUUUUCAAAAGGCUAUGGGAAAAAACUUCAUAAAAUUACUUGAGGAAAGCUAUUUUUUAACUAUAUACAAAACCAAUAAGCUUAGAAAAAUCAUUUAACAAUUGUGAUUGUCAUUAAAUCUGGCAAAAAAAAAGAUUUAUUGUAAAAUCUACCUACUACAUGAAAAAAAAUUUAAGGAACAUUGCAUAACCGCAAAAGAAGACAGCUAUGCAGAUCCUUCAUUGAGCUAUGCAGAAGAAGCACCUGCUUUCAUAUUGAGCUCUGACAGGCAGAGUUCCCCUUCAUGUGAGCAGCAACCAUUGUGGCUUCUGCCAAGGCUGUAGAAGCACUAUUAUUUGUGAUACACUGCCAAAACCAGUUAGCAGAAAUCUACAGAAAUCUCUUUUUCUACACUUACCUUCCUGUUUACAGAGAAUUGAGAGUAACAAGUUAGAGUAUACAGUCAUAGACAGAAGUAGGGUUUGAGACAUUGGAAAUGACCAUGGAGCUGCUCUUUUCAAAUAGCCAGUGUGUUAGAACAAAAGUGGGCUUUUUUCCCCAAGGCACCCAAGACAGCCACAUACAAAGUGUGAUCCUUUAUUGAGAAGUGUAGUCAGGAAAAAAACUGUAAAAAGACAUUUGGGGGAUGUUUAGGAAAAUACAAAGAUGAGAAUAGGUAUUAGAUAAUGUCGUAUGCUUACUUUUCUUAGAAUAGGCAAGAUUUUGAGUUUAUAUUUCCCUAUCAUGCAUGCAAAAGUUUUAAGUUGACAAGUCAUCCUGUCUGCGGGAUAUUUUAAAUUGAAACUGUAGAAUUGAUCAAUGAUUGUUGAAUCUUAGUGGUGGAUAUAGAGUUUAUUAUUGGUCACCCUUUAAGCUUGUCUGUAUGUGUGCUUAAAUUUAAUAAAAAUUGAGGCAAAAAA